GGAGAGUUCCUGUGAAGUCGAGCACAAAGAAGCUCUCCAUCAGAGACUUCGACAUCGGCCGUCCGCUGGGGAAGGGGAAGUUCGGUAACGUGUAUCUGGCGCGCGAGCGGAAGCUGAAGGUGAUCGUGGCUCUGAAGGUGCUCUUCAAGUCUCAGAUGGAGAAGGAAGGCGUGGAGCACCAGCUGCGGAGAGAGAUCGAGAUCCAGUCUCACCUCAGGCAUCCCAACAUCCUGCGCUUCUACAACUACUUCCACGACGACACGCGUGUGUUUCUGAUCCUGGAGUACGCUCCGCGCGGAGAGAUGUACAAAGAGCUGCAGCGCUGCGGACGCUUCGACGACCAGCGCUCCGCCACCUACAUGGAGGAGCUGGCGGACGCGCUUCUGUACUGUCACGAGAAGAAGGUGAUCCACAGAGACAUUAAACCUGAGAACCUUCUGCUGGGAUACAGAGGAGAGCUCAAGAUCGCAGACUUCGGCUGGUCCGUCCACGCCCCGUCCCUCAGACGGCGGACGAUGUGUGGGACUCUGGACUAUCUUCCUCCGGAGAUGAUCGAGGGCCACACUCACGAUGAGAAGGUGGAUCUGUGGUGCAUCGGUGUGCUGUGUUACGAGUGUCUGGUGGGGAACCCUCCGUUCGAGACGGCCAGCCACACAGAGACGUACAAGCGCAUCACCAAGGUGGAUCUUCAGUUCCCGAAGCUGGUGUCUGACGGCGCUCGUGAUCUGAUCUCCAAGCUGCUGCGUCACAGUCCAGCCAUGCGUCUGCCGCUCCGGAGCGUGAUGGAGCACCCCUGGGUCAAAGCCAACUCACGCCGGGUGCUGCCCCCCGUCUGCAACACACACCACUGACACAAGGACCUGUUUGAGACACGCAGGCCUGCUGCUCAGAGUCCGCUGGUGAUGAGUGUGCCGUGAGCUGAAUGUGUCACUGUGUCAGAAACAUCGGAUCAAGGGCCCGUUUCUCCCUGUCUGUGUGUGUGUGUGUGAGAGAGAGAUAUGGU